CGGCUGCGCUGCCAUCCAAGAAGACCCUCUCGGGUCGCCCCACCCCCACCCACCAGGGAAAGGGACCGUGUGAGGACCGAGCGUGUGGGAUAACCCUGCGCCGCGGCCAGCGCCAAGGGCAGACACCUAAGGCUGGGCUGCUGAGUCAUUUACUUUCACUCCGGUUUCUCCUUUGUCAACCGGCGCUAUCGGCUCGGGGUUCCAAAGGGCGUGAAAGGGCAGCAAUUCUUGGGAUGGGCAUGCCUGCGGUGCACUUAGGGUCCUCAGGACCUUGGGAAUGAGGAUGAGUGCCGGUGUGAGGGCUGUAAUGAGGUUCAGGCUGGGACUGAGGUGUUGUGGGUGGGUGGUGGAUCCGAGUCACCCUACUCUGCCAGGAAUUCGCUGAGUCCCCAGGCCCUGCAGGAUCAGGAGACCUAGAUCAGGCGUCUCCGCCAGACGGCGGAAGCUCCCGACACCCGAGCCGACCAAGGCCCGCAGCGCCUGCAGUGUUGAGUGCAGCCGCGAGGUGCCGCUAUGGCGCCCCGCGAGCUCCCUUCCCUACUUCCCCCUCCCGGAAGGGCGAAAGCUGCACCCGCAGGGAACGCGGGACAGACCACCACCUAGGGCGCAGGGGGGGCUCUGGGAUCAGAAGGCGGAGUUGAGGCCCGCGGCGCGCGCCUUCGGCGUGCUUCCCCCUCUACCGGCGUAGUGAGGUGGUGCGCUCCAAACGGUGGCUGGCCUCGGCGCAGCGGCAGAGGUUGGGUUUAGCCAAGGAGCUGCACCGCCGCCGCGAUGCUAGGGCUGCUGGUGUCUUCCAUGGCCCUGGCGCUCGCCUUCUUCGCGCUGCUGGACGGCUGGUACCUGCUGCGCUUUCCGUGCGCGGUGCUCAGAGCGCGCCUGCUGGAGCCGCGCGUCCGCGAUCUGCUGGCUGAGCAGCGCCGGGCGGGCCGCGUGCUACCCUCGGACCUGGACCUGCUGUUGCACAUGAACAACGCGCGCUACCUGCGCGAAGCGGACGUGGCGCGCGUAGCGCACCUGACCCGCUGCGGCGUACUCGGGGCGCUUCGCGAGUUGGGGGCGCACGCGGUGCUGGCCGCUUCCUGCGCGCGCUACCGCCGCUCGCUGCACUUGUUCGAACCUUUCGAGGUGCGCACCCGCCUGCUGGGGUGGGACGACCGCGCCUUCUACCUGGAGGCACGCUUCGUCAGCCUUCGUGACGGCUUCUUGUGCGCGCUGCUGCGCUCCCGGCAGCAUGUGCUGGGCACCUCGCCAGAGCGCAUCGUACAGCACCUGUGCAAACGCAGGGUGGAGCCCCCUGAGCUGCCAGAAGAUGUGAAGCACUGGAUCUCCUACAAUGAGGCCAGCAGUCAGCUGCUCCGGGCUGAGAGCGGGCUCAACGAGGAUGUCAAGGCCCAGUGACUGCUGCCUCCGCCCCACCCCACCCCACCUCUCACCUCAGCCUGUCAGCCGGCUGUCCUGCAGAACCCCUGUGUUAGGCCAGACUCCUAGCCGCAGUGGCCUUGUGACAGUCCAGCAACCUUCACCUGCUUGGCCCUCUCCAGGGUGGGGCCCUAGGCUGGCUGGGGAGGGGUAGCAUGGACCCCUCAACCCAGCUCUGUCCCUGGCUGGGGCUAGAUGGACAGAAAGCGAUGAACCUGACUCAGGGACAGCAGGGCUUCUGAAUGCUCAGAGCCAAUGCCACAUAGUUCCCUGUGGCCUCUGCUGUGGGCAGGAAGCCUAGAGUGGAAUCAGAUGGCAGGGGUUGAGACUAGGGGGCAGAGGGACAGAGGCACUUGGAAGGACUGACCUGCGUGCACCCCAGCACAGGUCUGCAAGGUUCCCUAGUACAGAGUUGACCUCUGCUGCCUCUUCUGUUGGGCUAGGCAAGACAGUAGACCCCUGGGACCUUUGGCUGGGAGGGGGCCACCUGGCACAGGGGGUCCUGGAAAGACAGGAGGCUUCUGCUAGCAGUGCCCAAGUCAGGAAGGGCAUAGUGCUGGAGGGGGGCUCUUAGCUGCCUGUGCCCAUCAGGACUUCUGUGUGACCUCAGGCUGGACCCUGCCCUCGCUGGGCACCUCAGGGCUUUCAUCCCUAGCAGCUGUGUUUCCCCCACACAUAAUUCUGCUCUGAGGGCUCCUCCUUGAAUGGGCAGCGUCUUUUUGGUGUCUGUGUUUUACAGGCCCCUUGCCAUUGCCUGGCCAGCCUCUGCCUGCUUCAAGGGUCUGCUCUAGCAGCAGAUCUCAGGACUCCCUGAAGAGGUUGCUGCUGCCAGUACCCCGCUUUACUGCUGGGGAAGCCAGGCCUGGAGCAGCCCACAGCCGCUGUGAACUGAAGGCCAAGUGGGGCUAGCCUCAGGCUCUCAGAGGCGCACUCUCAGCCGGGAGCCCUGCCUGGGGGUGCUUGCCUGCUUGGGCCAUUGCCUGCCUGUGCCCCUCUUGUGCCCACUGCAGUGACUGCCCUGUAGCUUAGACCAGACCAUCAGGGAUGCCAGCUCCUCACUCCCACCCUGCUCUUGCUUUAAGUCCACAUGGGAAAGUUGCAAUUUUUGUUUUAAAGCACACGAUUAAAGAAUUCCGAGGUGCA